UACAGAUUAUGGAAGCGAUACUAAAGAGAAUACAUAAGAAGAGGGCUAGGAAUCUCUCCACCAACCCUUCUAGUCACUCUGUAGUGGCAAAAGGACAUUCGUUGGCUUUUUCAAAAUCCCAAUCAGGCCUACAAGAAACCAAAGUAACUAAACGAAUGCUAAAGAACGCUCUCAGCCGGAACCAGAGCAUCAGCAUUGCUGACAAGCUAGCAAUAGUAAAGAAUUACGAACAGAUGAAGAACGCUAACAGCUCUCAGCUAGAAAGUACUCUGAAGAAAUUGAGCACACAGUUGGAUGUGACGAAGGACAAUAAUACUCUAUGGCUUAAGAACAAAGUGAAAUGCCAGCCUAAGGUUCUCAAACUAAAGCCAAAAUCAAAGUUAAAGAAAGACGACUCGCUCCACUAUAAGCCUACUAAUAUAUCCAAGUUCAAAGUCUUGAAGAAAAGAAAUACUAAAAAUGCUCCAGACUCUUGAACAAUUCUACCAAAUGUCCAAAGUCUGCUCCUUCCUUCCCUGUCAAAUAGCCAUACAAGUAAAGAAAACUCUGUUAGUUCAAGUUUUAACAAGGAUAUCAGUGACACCUCCAGCAUUCGGGAUGAGGAGCAUAAGAAACUAAGCGUCAGGACUGAAGGGAAUAAGUUACUCCCUUUAGCAAAAAAGGCUAAUGACGGAAUGAAGUCGCUAUUUUCUAAAUAAGUUCUCACGUAAUCAGAGCAUUGAUCAUUCAGAGUCUUCAGAGGAUGACUCUGAGAGGCCUGAAGAAGCUCAGUUUAAAUUACCUACUUGGAUGACUUUGAACAAAAAUUCUAAAGACAGAGCUCAUCGAAGAUCUUGGAUUAAUAAUAUUAAUCUAUACAAAGAAACAGCACUGGGUAAAGAUGAAUGCAAGAUGAAUAAAACUCUGGACAACAAAUCUGCUAAGGAGGGAUACUGUGCAGGUACUAAUUUCUUAAAUCAGGCAAUAACAAGAGGAGAAGAAGUGGUCCAAAAGUAUCAAAAUAGGGUAAAUUCUCAAGCAAGGAUUGAUCUUGGACCUUCUUUCAACAAAGAUACUUGAAACAAGAAAUCAAGAAACCAAAACCAGACCAAUGAGCCAGGAAGUGAACUGGUUAAUCUAGAUGCUAAGCCAAUAAUCAAUCGGUCAAGAGGAAUUAUGGACAAAUUACGCUAUUUUAGUCAAAAUAAAAACAAUAAGUCUAAAGUAAAAUAAGAGCUUGGAUGCUCUUCUCCAAGUAGGUUAUGUCCACAAUUAGUGGCUAUCAUACUUGAGUAGAUAUCUACCUCGGCUUGAAAAUUAACAGUCUACUGUUAAAGCAGUUUAUAAUCUUUCUGAAGAAUUCAUU